AUGUCAUCGUCGUCGGACAUGACGUCCAUCAUUGCGGCCGUCGCCGUGCCGAUCGUCGUGCUCCUCUUCAUCGCUCUUCUCUUGAGCAAGUCCAUCUACGUCGUCCAGCAGGCCGAAGGCAUUGUCAUUGAGCGCUUUGGCCGCGUCCAGGGCGUCCUCGACUCGGGCAUCCACUUUGUCAUCCCAUUCAUCGACUCGCCCCGGAGCUUCUCGUGGAAGCGCGUCGUCAAGUCCAACGGCCGCAUGGAGUCGCACGACACGCAAAACUACCGCAUCGACCUGCGCGAAAGCAUCUUCAGCUUCCCGAGCCAAGAGGUGUACACGCGGGACACGAUCCUCCUCGACAUCAACUCGAUCAUGUUCUUUCGCAUCGUCGACAUCAAAAAGGCCGUGUACGAGGUCGACGAUCUCAACACGGCGAUCGCGAACGUCGCGCAGACGCAGCUGAAGGAGGUCUUUGGCAACAUGACGUUCACCGAGGCGCUUGCGUCCCAGAGCGUCAUCAACGCCCACAUCCAGCGCAGCUUUGGCGAGCGCUUUGCGCAGUGGGGGCUUGUGGUCGAGCGCAUGGAGGUGCUCGACAUGCUCCCCAAGGCCGGCACGACCAUUUCGAACGCGAUGAAGCGCCAGAUGAUUGCCGAGCGCACGCGCCGCGCCGAGUUUAUCAUUGCCGAGGUCCGUAGUUGGUCGGCGCUUCGAACCCGCCUCAUGUAUUCUGGUUGA